CAGGGAGAGAGAGGAAGGGAAAAGUUACCAUGGUCUAGAGAGAGAAGGCCUUGGCCUCGGUAGUAACCAAUGAGAGGCGAGAGAAAUUGAGGCAGUGUACUAUGCUCAGUCAUGCCCUAAGAAAAAGUGCCUGGGGUUGAGAACACAGGGACCUAGGAAUUAAAUAAAGGGCGAGAGAGAGAAUGAAAUUUCCAGGAAAACAUUAGAAAAUGAAACUUACAUAGAAAGCAUUGGAAAUUCAUAAUUGACAUGAAAUGAGUGUGGUGAUGACUCAUGCCCCAAAACCCCAAUUCCAGAAUUAGGCAUGGUUCAGUUCUUUGAGAAAUUCUCUGAAUAGGCACUAUUUUUUGUGGAUUUUUAUUAUUUCCACUGAUACCCAAAUAACUAAGUUUACAAUUCCCGAUCUUAGUUUGGUGGGUUAGCCCAAUGGAUAUGCAUGGCCUAAUGCUAGGCCACACAGAGAAAGGCGACACCUUCUACCACUGGGGAGCUUCUGUUGCUGCUGUAAUUUUGUUAUUACUGAACUACUUGGGCCAUAAGUCGCACCUGCAGACUUCGCUUUUAGUUGUUUAUAUCUUCUCAUGUUUACCAUUGGUUCUAUUCAAUAUAUUGCGAGGAGAGUUUGGAAUGUGGGCAUCUUUCUUAGCUGUUCUGGCACACUUCUUUUGUUCCCCAUAUUUUCGAGCAUCACGCUUCCCUGUAUUUGUUGUAGCACCAAGUUUGGUAGCCCAUUUACUCCGUGGUAGCAUCGGUUGGGUCGUAUUUUGUCUCACAAUGGGAACAUGGGUUGGCCUAGACUUUAUUCACAGAAGUGGGGGCUUCACACAUUGCUUGCAGAAGAAUCAAAGCAUCUUUUACAUCAUUAUUUGCAUCCCUCUUGUGCUUUUUCCGGGCAUUGCUGGCAUUAGACUUGCCUGAGCGCCUUGGUCCUCUGCUAAAUUAUUUGGUUCAGUUCUUAGCUAUGUAUGAUGCCACCUUAGUUUAUUUGUUCACUGUGAUUAUCGAACCAAGUUUCUUGUGCAUUUCUUUUUGAAUGUCAGGAUUUUUGAGUUGGGGUUUUCCAUGUUGGCUAUAAUCAGAUAUUUCUGGUGUCCUGCUAAUAUUUUGUCAAUGAAAUCACAUGGAUCUUUGAGUUGGUGGAACUA